AUGGUUAAAUCAGUAUAUCCCUUCUCGUACAUGAGGCCUCUGCAUGCUGACCUGAGACAUACGCCAUACGAGGAUAAGCGACAGUCUUUCAACCAGGAGGACAAGCGACAGUCUCUCAACCAGGAGGACAAGCGACAGUCUCUCUAUCAGGAAAACAAGCGGCAGUCUCUCAUCCAGGAGGACAAGCGACAGUCUCCAACCAGGAGGACAAACGGCAGUCUCUCAACCAGGAGGACAAGCGAAAUCACUCUGUCAGGAGGAGGACAAGGGACUGUCACUCAAUCAGGAGGGGAGCGACAGUCACUAAACCAGGAGAACAAGCGAUAUUUUCUACACCAGGAGACCAAGCGACGGUCUCUACACCAGGAGGACAAGCGACAGUCACUCCACCAGAAGGACAAGCGACUGUCACUCAAUCAGGAGAACAAGCGACAUUCUCCUCACCAGGGGACCAAGCGACAGUAUCUCCACAAGGAGAACAAGAGAACAAGUAACAGUCCUCCAUUGAAGUAUCUCAACUACAUAAAGACAAACGACGGUCUCUCUACCAGGAGAACAAGUAACAGCCACUCCAUUGAAGUAUCUCAACUACAUAAAGACAAACGACGGUCUCUCUACCAGGAGAACAAACAAACGACAGUCUCUCCACCAGGAGAACAAGUAACAGCCACUCCAUUGAAGUAUCUCAACUACAUAAAGACAAACGACAGUCUCUCCACCAGGAGAACAAGAGAACAAGUAACAGCCACUCCAUUGAAGUAUCUCAACUACAUAAAGACAACGACAGUCUCUCCACCAGGAGAACAAGUAACAGCCACUCCAUUGAAGUAUCUCAACUACAUAAAGACAAACGACAGUCUCUCCACCAGGAGAACAAGUAACAGUCCUCCAUUGAAGUAUCUCAACUACAUAAAGACAAACGACAGUCUCUCCACCAGGAGAACAAGUAACAGUCCUCCAUUGAAGUAUCUCAACUACAUAAAGACAAACGACAGUCUCUCCACCAGGAGAACAAGAGAACAAGUAACAGCCACUCCAUUGAAGUAUCUCAACUACAUAAAGACAAACGACGGUCUCUCCACCAGGAGAACAAGUAACAGCCACUCCAUUGAAGUAUCUCAACUACAUAAAGACAAACGACAGUCUCUCCACCAGGAGAACAAACAAACGACGGUCUCUCCACCAGGAGAACAAGUAACAGCCACUCCAUCAAAGUAUCUCAACUACAUAAAGACAAACGACGGUCUCUCCACCAGGAGAACAAGUAACAGCCACUCCAUUGAAGUAUCUCAACUACAUAAAGACAAACGACAGUCUCUCCACCAGGAGAACAAACAAACGACGGUCUCUCUACCAGGAGAACAAGUAACAGCCACUCCAUUGAAGUAUCUCAACUUCAUAAAGACAAACGACGGUCUCUCCACCAGGAUAACAAGUAACAGUCCUCCAUUGAAGUAUCUCAACUUCAUAAAGACAAACGACAGUCUCUUCACCAGGAGAACAAGUAACAGCCCCUCCAUUGAAGUAUCUCAACUUCAUAAAGACAAACGACGGUCUCUCUACCAGGAGAACAAGAGAACAAGUAACAGUCCUCCAUUGAAGUAUCUCAACUACAUAAAGACAAACGACAGUCUCUCCACCAGGAGAACAAGUAACAGCCACUCCAUUGAAGUAUCUCAACUUCAUAAAGACAAACGACAGUCUCUUCACCAGGAGAACAAACAAACGACGGUCUCUCCACCAGGAGAACAAGUAACAGCCACUCCAUUGAAGUAUCUCAACUUCAUAAAGACAAACGACGGUCUCUUCACCAGGAGAACAAGUAACAGCCACUCCAUUGAAGUAUCUCAACUACAUAAAGACAAACGACAGUCUCUCCACCAGGAGAACAAGAGAACAAGUAACAGCCACUCCAUUGAAGUAUCUCAACUACAUAAAGACAAACGACGGUCUCUCUACCAGGAGGGCGAGCAACAGCUUUUACACCAUAAGGACACGCGACAGUCUCUCCACAAGAAGGACAAGCGACACUCUCUCCACCUGAAAGACAUGCGAACUGCUUGGCAGUCAUUCCACCGUGAGGAAAUUGGUCUUGCCACGGCGGUAACCACUGACCGUGCCAAGGCGGUAAUCACUGACCGUACCAAGGUGGUAACCACUGGCCGUGCCAAGGCUGUAACCACUGGCCGUGCAAUGGCGGUAAGCACUGACCGUGCCAAGGCAGUUACCACUGACCGUGUCAAGGCAGUAGCCACUUGCCGUGCCAAAGCGGUAACCACUGACCGUGCCAAUGCGGUAACAACUGAUUGGCCAAGACGGUUACCACUGACCGUGCCAAGGCAGUAA